AUGACGCAGCACGCCUGCACACCUACACACCUGCACACCUGCACACCUGCACACCUGCACACCUACACACCUGCACACCUGCACGCCUGCACGCCUGCACGCCUGCACGCCUGCACGCCUGCACACCUGCACACCUGCACACCUGCACACCUGCACGCCUGCACGCCUGCACGCCUGCACGCCUGCACACCUGCACACCUGCACACCUGCACACCUACACAACUGCACACCUGCACGCCUGCACGCCUGCACACCUGCACGCCUGCACGCCUGCACACCUGCACACCUGCACACCUGCACACCUACACAACUGCACACCUGCACACCUGCACACCUGCACACCUACACAACUGCACACCUGCACACCUGCACACCUGCACACUCGCACACCUGCACACUCGCACACCUGCACAUUUCACAUUCACAUAUCCUUACACUCGAGUUCAUGCACAAUAG